GAGGCCCCCGCCCCCACCACCACCACCACCACCACCACCACCACCCCCUGACAACAGAGCUACCCUUUCCAUCCCUGUCAUUAGCACGGACUGGCAGCAGACCUUUGUUUUUUAGGUGUAGCAGACCCUCCAGUCUUCCCUGACUUAACGUAACCCUGCCGUACAUCCCCUCACCAUGGCGGCGAGUGCAAAACGAAAACAAGAGGAGAAACACCUAAAGAUGCUGAGAGAAAUGACGAGUUUGCCUCCCAACAGAAAGUGCUUUGACUGCGACCAGCGCGGCCCAACCUAUGCCAAUAUGACCGUGGGCUCCUUCGUUUGCACCUCCUGCUCUGGCAUCCUACGAGGGCUGAAUCCACCCCACAGAGUCAAGUCGAUCUCCAUGACAACCUUCACACAACAGGAAAUCGAGUUCCUACAGAAACAUGGAAAUGAGGUGUGUAAGCCGAUCUGGCUGGGCCUUUAUGACGACAGGACCUCCUCAAUACCAGACUUCAGGGAACCACAGAAAGUCAAGGAGUUCCUUCAGGAGAAAUAUGAGAAGAAGAGAUGGUACGUACCACCCGAGCAGGCCAAGGUAGUGGCAUCCGUCCAUGCUUCCAUCUCUGGCUCCUCCAACAGCAGCACCAGCAGCACUCCUGAGGUCAGACCACUUAAGUCCCUGCUGGGGGACUCUGCCCCCUCCCUGCACCUCAACAAGAACACCCCACCUAAUCAAUCUCCAGUGGUGAGCCGUGGACAAAGCCACCCACAGCAGUUCCAUGACAAGAGGUUUGACCUCCUCAGUGAUUUGGGUGGAGACAUCUUUGCCCCCCCGCCCAACAUGAAUGCAGGCGCCAGCUCCAGUUUUGCUAACUUUGCACAUUUCAACAGCCACUCAACGACACAGAAUGCCAACGCAAAUGCAGACUUUGCUAAUUUUGAUGCAUUCGGGAGCACGUCUGGGUCGACAGGUGGUUUCCCCUCCGCAUCCCAAGCCCCCUUCCAUCCCUCUAAUACAGGUAGCGCCUCAGCAAACGCCAAUUUUGCACAUUUUGACAACUUCCCCAAAUCGUGUAGUGCUGACUUUGGAUCCUUCAGUUCCUCCUCCCAGAGUAACUCCACAGGAGCUGGCAGAGAUGUUGUACAGAGUACUAGCGUCCCUGCCGAUAAAUACGCAGCCCUGGCUGACCUGGAUAACGUGUUAAGCUCUGCCAAAACAGAGCAAGGAGGUGGUAUUCCUGUCGGAGUUCGGUCAGGCUCACCGGCAGGAGUAGGCAGUGUGUCUCAGAAGCUGCAAUCAGACGGAGACCGCUAUGCUGCUCUAGCUGAGCUUGAUACAGUCUUCAGCCCGCCAGCCCCGCCAGCCACUGUUUAUAACACCAGCAACGCAUCACAAGGGGUUGUGUUUGGCCAAGACACCAGGGUAUCAACAGCACACGCACAACAGGUCCUGUCUGGUGUGGCUCAAGGUUUCGGAGCUCAGUCAACUAAUCCGUUUGUAGCUGCUGGAGUAGCCCCUGCAGCAACUCCCACCAACCCAUUCCAGAGCAACGGCAGAAGUGCAAACAUGGCUGCAGCAGCAGCAGCAGCAGCAGCAGCAGCAGCCUCAUUUGGCAUGGGUUCCAUGAGUAUGCCAGCUGGAUUUGGAAACGCUGCAGCAUACAACCUCCCCACCAGCUUUAGUGGAACCUUCCAGCAACCCUUUCCUGGCCAGGCCCCAUUCCCUCAGCCUCCUGCAUAUCCCCAGCAACCCAAUGGUGGUGGAUAUCCAGCUUAUGGCCAGGCAAAGCCGGUUGUGACUCCUUUUGGACAGGCUAUGGCUGGACAGAUGGUUUCUAGCAACCCUUUCCUGGGUGCUGGUCCAUCUGCACAAUAUCCAGCAGGAGGCUCUUCAACAAAUCCCUUCUUAUAGCGAUCCAUCCAAUCAGCUCCACUACAGGGUCGAAAACUGGAGCACUUGCACCUAUUGCACUGUUUUGUUUCACAAGUAGCUUUAAAACCACAAUGUUUGCAAGGAUUUGUAUUUUCUAUCACAGUUUGUCAAAGAUGGAACAAUAUGACAAUACGACGGUCCUGCUGACACUUACAACGGCUACAAGACAAACUGAUGGUGUGUGCGGAGGGAGAGGUUGAUCCCCUCUUCUCUAUUUAACCUGUGAACUGGCCUGGCCUCUACUGAACCACAAUGUAUAAUCGGACUGGCUGAAAUCUUAAGUUAUUGCAUACUGUGUAUCCCAUUCGUUAUGCUGCAAUUCUGUACAUAUUUUUUUCUUUAUGAGCUCUUUGUGCAUAUCAGUAUUUGUAUUUACCACGCAAGAUUUAAGACAGAACUAUUGCUUGGAAAAGCUAAUGGGUACUGCCAUUUACUGUAUUUGUGAACAACCAAACUGUAUUUGUGCAGGAUACUUUUUAGGCAAACUUAUUCUCACUUAAGAUAAAAAAAAAUCAAAACGCUUGUUUUAUUGGCAAUAGAUAAAAUAAAAAGUGACUGCUGUGUCAGGAUCAAGCAGGGGGGGCUUGUUCUCUGCUGACCCCUGCCCUGCUGACCGAGUGCCGGACAAUAUGCUUCUGAACUACUGUCACUGCAUCCGUAAGUGGGUAACAGGAAUGGCUGAUGAACUGAAAACCACUAACAUUGGGUAUUAGAGAAUUUUAAGUUAAUAUGUAAAUAUAUACAGUAUAUAUAUAUAUUAAAAUGAAUUUUAAGUAAU